UCCGCCAAACGAAUUCAAAAUCUUGAAAUCCAAGAAAAUAAAAUUCUUCCAAGUCACUCCCUUCUCUACUGCCACAUCAUCCUAAACUUUCGCACCUAUAUUUUUCCCAGAAAAAGAACUCCUUCAUUUUCCUUCCUAAGAAAAUAAACACACACCCAAACAUUACAUACAUACAUACACAAAUUUUCUUAUAUCUCAGAAACCCUCAGUUGAGUGUUCAUUUUUAUUUAUUUAUUGCAUAUCACAUAUGAAAAAGAAAAACCUGCCAUGAAUGCUUCAACCAAGCUUGGCAUAGCUCUCCUCGUUAUCUUCACAACAUGCCUCUUCGCUCUUCUCUUAGAGCUGGUUUACGUCCUUCAGCGAAAACGUCAACCAUUAAUCGUCAGCGGCGGCCCUGGUUUAAUCAGCUCUAAGGAACUACUCUACUUCUUCUGCUGCAAAAACAAACCAACCCGUGUGGAACCCUCCUCUGGGGUAGUGUCUACGACGCCAACGGAGGCUGCCACAGCGGCGGAUUCGGAGGCAGCCACCAUGGAGGAAGAAGAGUACGAGUUGGCAAAGUGGCAUGAGGUGUACGGACAAUCGAGGGUUUUGUAUACGAUAAAAGAAGGUGAAAGAGAAGGAGCUGACAGCGUCGAGACAUCCAGUGGUCAGAGUGAAACGAAAAGCGAGAAGAGGGUUUGUUUGUCGGGUCGGGUCGAAAUGCCCAAUGACGUGGCGGUUGUAGUUGAUGUGGGGGAAGAGGAAGCGACGCCCUUCUCAACGCCCAUCUCUUCGCCUUCUUACUUUACUCCUUCACCUUCUCCUGGUCGUGAUGUUGCGAUUUCGAUAUCGUCACUGGAAAAUGAUGACCUAAGAUCGUCGGAGACUGAAAGACCAGAAAGCGGGACUUUCAGUUUAAGCACCGAAGGCGAGUAAAAUUUACUUCGCUUAAAUUACAUUGAAUAGUGAUCCCACCUUUCAAUUAUUAAUUUUUUAAAUUUAAUUAUUUAACUUUUCAAAAUUAAAUAUUUUAGCCACUCUUUUCUUUUGUUGCCUAAUGAACCUGAUAACAAAUUUUUUUUAAAGAUUUUUAUACCAUACAAAA